CCUACGCAGUGCGUAUAGUGGUGGAAAAUAUUGGGAUCUCUUGGUGCUGGACACCUCGAACAUAACCUCACAGUUUACUCCGUUUCCAUCCGUGUUGGACGCUGAAAGAAAAAAAAGUACACGAAAUAAACGUCAAAAAAAUUCAAUGUGAAUCUUAUAAUUACGACGAUGAAAAGGGUUAUAUUGUUUGUUAAUGGUACGGAGGUGAACGGCAAGGUGUUCAUGGUGACGCAUUGUGUGGAGGAGCUGCUGACUGCAGCUAGUUCAAAAUUUGACAUAAUUGCUAAGAGAAUAUUUACUCCGCAAGGUGGCGAAGUUGAAGACAUCAAGUUAAUCAAAGAUGACGACGUCUUGUAUGUAUCUUCGGGUGAGGAUUUUAUAUCCAAACUUGAGGGUUCUGUGCAACCAUCGACACAACGCAACCCGGAAUGGUUGACUCUCAAUGUCGGUGGUAAACUAUUUACCACGACAAGAAGUACCCUCAUACAGAAAGAACCCAUGAGUAUGCUUGCCAGGAUGUUUACCGAGGGUGAAGAUAGCACAGCAUGGAGAAUUCAGCCAAGCAAACGAGAUGAUAAUGGGGCGUUCCUAAUUGACAGAAGCCCAACGUAUUUCGAACCGUUAUUGAACUAUCUCAGACACGGUCAAUUAAUUCUUGACUCUAAUAUUAAUGCAGCAGGUGUUUUAGAAGAGGCUCGUUUUUAUGGGAUCGAAGGCGUAAUUGCAACGCUGGAAGAAAUGGUAGCCGAUAAUGAAAAGAAGGGUAAAGGUACUGUGGCGAUAACGCGACGUGACGUUCUAAAAGCAAUAAUGUCAACACCAGCAACGUCUGAGCUACGAUUCCAAGGCGUUAAUCUGAUUGGAGCUGAUCUUUCCCGACUAGAUCUUCGAAACAUAAACUUUAAGUAUGCCAAUCUUCGAGGCUGCAAUCUCGUUGGUGCAAAUCUUUCCAGAUGUUGCUUGGAGCGGGCUGACCUGUCUUUUGCGAAUCUCGAAGGAGCCCAGCUCGUAUGCGUUAAGAUGUUGUGUGCCAAUCUCGAAGCUGCAAAUUUACACUCUUGCAAUUUUGAAGAUCCUGGCGGUUUGUCGGCCAACAUGGAAGGGGUGAAUUUGAAGGGUGCCAAUUUGGAAGGCAGCAACAUGGCUUCCGUUAAUCUUCGCGUGGCUACUUUGAAAAAUGCUAUACUCAAAAAUUGCGUCCUCAGAUCAGCGAUUUUAGCUGGCGCUGAUCUCGAAAAUUGUGAUCUAUCUGGCUCGGAUCUCCACGAAGCGAAUCUACGCGGUGCAAAUUGGAAAAAUGCAGCAUUCGAGCUCAUGCAAACGCCACUUCACAUGUCUCAAACCGUUCGAUGAUAAUGAAUUUUGCACCUGCUUCGAAAGUUUGAUUUUGAAGUUUGCAUUAUUGAAACGAAAGGAAAAAAUCCACUCUUAUUUAUUCGAUCACCAACUCGUUUUUAAACAUUGUGCAAUAUGUUUUCAUUGCACAUCAUUUUAUCAGCUGUAAACAAACUUUUUUCAAAUUCUUCUUUGCAUUCCAACAGUGCAAACUUCGAAAUCAUCCGACAAAUACGACAUGGCCAAGCUACUUGCAAUUUGAUAUAAUCCACAUAUGUGAUAAAUCUUAUUAUCCUCAUUGGGAAGCGUUUUCCAUACGGUAUACUAUAAACUAUUCUUUGAUUAUAAAAGAAAUAACUGUACUAUGGAACGUCGCAUGAAAUUAUUUAUUGGUAGAAUCCAACAUCGACCAAAGAGUCGACUAAUGAAAUUUUAUCGAGCUGGAUGCAUGGACUGCACCUGCAAAUACUACUUGUAUGUCCUGAGACUCUACUCAGUCUCUUGAUUUAAUGUAAUUUCGUACAAGAUUAUAAUCUCUAUUCCACCACUUUCUUUGUUGCUCAACCAUACUGAUUAUCCUAAUAUAUUAUAAAACAAGUAAACAAGCAUGCUAACCACGUAUAAUGCAGUUAAAAAAAUUUUAAAAAUAUUGAAUCUGAGAGGUUUCAAGAUUCUUUAUCUAAAUUGAUGUUCCUCGUCCAUUCAGAAUCUUUAUUCCAUUUUUGAUUUUGAAAAGAAUAAUAAUUUGAUUUUCUGGGUCUGUAAGCCUGCAAGGAAAAAAUAUCAAUUUAGGUGGUUCACUCGAUGAGAACGUUAUGAAAAAACUUGCAUGAAUUAUUCAUUUUUCGUCGAUUAACCCAUUCAUUGGUGACUGUUUCCUCGUGUUGACCUAGAAGAUUGUAUCGACGAUGAUGCCGAAUAUCGUACUGCCUUUGGUAUGAGAAAAAUACUAAAAUACAUUUUAUCUUAUGCGAAUCAUUUUUCUUCAAGGGAAAAUAACAUUUUUUUAUGGGUGCUAAAAAUAGGAAACGUCUUGAUAUAAACAGUUAUAUUUUCAUAGUUUCCGAGCUUUUGAUACGAAUUUUCAUCGAUCACGAACGUACUAUUUAUUAUAAGAAAUAAUUAUGAAAACCACUAACUAAGUAAUAAAAUGAAGUAAUUCAUUUGGCUGUAGAGCUCCGAAGAUAUUGAGCGAUAAUCUCUGUAAUGAUACUUAGUCGAUUAUUUAGUGCAUUAAGUAUCUAGACUGAUGUAGAAACAAAUUGAAAAUUGAAAGGCAGCUUAAUAAACAAUUGUUGGACAGAGAGAACAAA